GAUCCGCAAACGUAAAGGUGAAAGAAGAAAAAAGAAAUCGAACCCUCGCCUCGUGCGUGUUCUCUCUCCCCCUCUCGUGUCGUCACGUCUCUCGGGCUUCGCGGCCUGCUCUCCUGCCGCCGAUCCGGUACCCGGCGCGGCGGACGCGGCGAUGGUCGACACGAGGCGGAGCUCGGCGGCGAAGCGGGGGCCUUCCUCGUCGGAGGAGCCCGCGACCCCGACACCGCCGGCGUCGGAUUCUGCGUCGGCCCAGGCGUCGCCGGCACCGAAGGAGGAGGCCGUGACCCCGCCUCGGAGCCGCUCGGGCAAGCGAGCCAAGGCUGCGGCUGAGACAACGGCGGCGGCGGCGGCGACGGAGGCGGCGGCGGAGGCAACCGCGAGGGAUACGACGGCGGCGGCGGCGGCCGAUGUGCUGGACACCUCGAAUGAUAAUCUGCGGGGGUCCACGCGGCCCGUCCCGGCGUCGUCCACCGUGUCGAAUUCGGCUACGGUGUCGAAUUCAGGAGUGAGGAAGAGAAGGGCCCCGAGAAGGUGUUCUCGGCUGGGAGAGUGGACGUCUGUGGAAGAGAUGACGGCCUGGAAGGCGAAUCAGCCAUUGGCUGGCGGCCGUGCUGAACCUUGGGGUAGACUGAUUUCCCUGUCUCCGUCUCCUCAGUUUCCCACAGUUCCUAUUUAUGCUACCCAUUUCACUGUUGGACAUGGUCUCAAAUGUGAUUUGAGAUUGACAGACUCAUAUCCCGGAGUACAUGUUUGUAAACUGAAGCAUGUUAGGAGGGGUGCAUCCCUUGAGGUCUAUGUAUCUAAAGUUGUCCAUGUAAAUGGGAAGGCCUUAGACAAGGCUGCUAAGGUCACAUUGAUUGGAGGCGAUGAAGUUACUUUUAGUCCAGUUGGGAGGCAUGCUUAUAUAUUUCAGAAACUUCCAGAGGAAAAAUCAAGCACAUCGACGUUUUCUCCCCUGUGCGGUGUUCAACAUGGGCAAUAUCCAGUUAUUGGAAGUUUAUCAUCUAAAAGAGCCAAGUUACCAGUGCCGUUUAGUUUUGAAUAUGGCCGCCCUCCGUUGGUUCCUCAUGAUACAGAGAUAGUCAGCAGUUUAUGUAAAACAAUGGAGGAGCAGAGCCAGUAUUCUUCUGAAGAAAAUGUAUCAUUUGCUCAACAUCAACUUUUAAAAGAAGAUCUGAAGAAGGCCGUUCUCAGUGCAAGUGAUUUAUCAGAGUCCUUCGAUAGUUUUCCAUAUUAUCUGAGCGAGAGUACCAAAAGUUCUCUUGUGACAACAGCACAUGUAAACUUGUGUCACAAGGAAGCCAUGGAGUGGACAAAAAUAAUAAGUUCUAUUUCUCAACGAGUAUUAUUAUCUGGUCCAGCAGGGUCUGAGAUAUACCAAGAAAUAUUGGUGAAGGCUCUGACCAAAUACUUUGGUGCUAGACUGCUUGUCAUAGAUUCGUCGUUACUGUUGGGUGGACAGUCUUCAAAGUCAAAGGAAUCAGUGUUGUACAAAAAGGGUGAUAGGGUGAGAUACACUGGUUAUUCGCAAUCAUCAAGGUUUAUCUAUGAGGGACAAAGACCUCCAGAUUAUGGUGCACAGGGUGAAGUGCGACUUUCUUUUGAGGAAAAUGGAUCCUCAAAAGUUGGAGUCAGAUUUGACAAACAGAUUCUCGGGGGCAUUGACCUUGGAGGCAAUUGUGAGGUUGAUCAUGGUUUCUUCUGCGCGGGCGAGUUCCUUCCCUCUGCUGUUCCUAUCUACUCAAUGAUUGAGAGUCUUUGCCUCGACGGUCCAGGAUGGGAAGAUAGAGCUAAACAUCCAUUCGAUGUAAUAUUUGAGUUUGCAUCCGAAGAAAGUGAGCAUGGUCCUCUUAUCCUAUUUCUGAAGGACGUCGAAAAAGUGUGUGGAAACAGUUACUCUUAUCAUGGUCUAAAGAGUAAGCUUGAAAUUUUUCCAGCUGGUGUUCUUAUCAUUGGAUCUCAGACCCAGGCGGACGCUCGGAAAGAUAAGCUAAACAACGGGUCUCCUUUUCUUUCAAAGUUCCCAUACAGCCAAGCAGCAAUACUCGACCUUGCGUUCCAGGAUAGCUUUGGCCGGGUGAAUGAUAAAAACAAAGAAGCAGUGAAGACUGCAAAGCAUGUCACGAAACUUUUCCCCAAUAAAGUGACAAUACAACCACCACAGGAUGAAUUGGAACUUUCACAGUGGAAAAAGCAAUUAGAUUGUGAUGUUGAAAUCCUAAAGGCAAAGGCUAACAUUUCAAAAGUCCAGUCUUUUCUAAAUCGCCAUAGACUGGAAUGUACCGAUUUAGAGAGUACACUAUGUGUGAAAGAUCGAAUUCUUACAAACGAAUGUGUGGACAAAAUAGUUGGUUAUGCUUUUACUCAUCAAGUUACAAAGGGUAUCAUUCCAACUCCUGGAAAGGACGUGUUUGCUCUUUCUGCUGAAAGCCUGCAGCAUGGGGUUGAUUUGUCGGAAAGCAUGCAAAACGACCAUAAGAAAAAGAGCACAAAGAAGUCACUCAAAGAUAUUGCCACUGAGAAUGAAUUUGAAAAAAAGCUUCUUGGUGAUGUGAUCCCUCCGGAAGAGAUAGGUGUUACCUUUGACGACAUUGGAGCACUAGAGAAUGUCAAGGAGACUUUGAUGGAAUUAGUUAUGCUUCCAUUGAAAAGGCCAGAGUUGUUCUCCAAGGGGCAGCUUAUGAAGCCAUGUAAAGGAAUAUUACUUUUUGGUCCACCGGGAACGGGGAAAACCAUGCUUGCUAAAGCUGUUGCAACAGAGGCCGGUGCAAACUUCAUCAAUAUAUCAAUGUCAAGCAUUGCCUCAAAGUGGUUUGGUGAGGGAGAGAAAUAUGUGAAAGCUGUGUUUUCACUUGCAAGCAAAAUUGCUCCUAGUGUCAUUUUCGUGGAUGAGGUUGAUGGCAUGCUGGGUAGACGUGAGAACCCAGGAGAACAUGAAGCCAUGCGUAAGAUGAAAAAUGAAUUUAUGGUGAACUGGGAUGGUUUAAGAACAAAAGCUAAAGAACGUGUAUUAGUACUUGCUGCCACCAAUAGGCCAUUUGAUCUUGAUGAGGCUGUUAUUAGGCGGCUCCCAAGGAGGUUGAUGGUGAAUUUACCAGAUGCAACCAAUAGAAAAAAGAUUCUUAGUGUAAUACUAGCCAAAGAAGAUAUGGCAGAUGAUGUGGAUCUGGAUGCACUGGCCAACUUGACAGAGGGGUAUUCGGGCAGUGAUCUAAAGAAUUUGUGUAUUACUGCUGCAAAUCGCCCCAUAAGGGAAAUCCUUGAAAAAGAGAAGAAGGAGAGAUCCUUAGCUGAAGCAGAAAAUAAACCGAUGCCUCCUAAGUAUUCUAGCAGCGACAUCCGUUCCCUGAAACUGAGUGAUCUCAAACAUGCACAUGAGCAGGUAUGUGCAAGUAUAUCAUCCGAUUCAACAAAUAUGAACGCGCUUAUUCAAUGGAACGACCUCUACGGUGAAGGCGGAUCUAGGAAGAAGACAACUCUAAGCUAUUUCAUGUAGCUCGUGUCUAGUGUGUGUAGAUACAUCAGAAGCAUAGCGUGAAGCCACCAAGAAGAUCGACGAUGAAUGGCUCUCCUGUUGUUCUUCAUGUGUAGGCGAUUUUUGAGUUAAUUAAAUUUAAUCUUUUGGAAGUUCUGGCAGAUAGUGUAGGGCCUGAUCUACCAUAUAUAUACCCUCCCAUCCGGGCCUGUAUGUUAGAGUUAGCCUGAGCACCUCAGUUGGAUUAAAAACUUAUCCUUGCAGUCAGUGCAAGUUUAUUUGACUUUUAUGGUGUAUAUUCCUUGCUGA